AUGUCAGCCACUGAAACUACGGUUAUUUUCGCAAAAUUGGAGGCGUUAAAAGAUAUCAAGUCUAAAACACUUCAACUAGAGAAAAUGAAGCAGAGAAUUUUACAAGAGGUAGAACAGACUGAACAGGAAGAAAAAUGUUUGCUAGAAUACAAACAGGAAAUGGAUCUCCUUAUGCAAGAGAAAAUGGCACAUGUUGAAGAAUUACGGCAAAUACAUGCUGAUAUUAAUGCAAUGGAAAAUGUCAUUAAACAAGCAGAAGAAGCUAGAAACAAAGCAAGGGAGACAGCAAAAUUAAUUCACAAUAAUGAUUAUCAACCCUUGAAGCAUGACAUUGAUCGUAUGCGUAGAGAAUUUCUGGGAUUGGAAAGGUUACCAGAAUUAUAUGAAACAGAAUCUGAUCUCAUCUCACCAGACUAUUUUGACCGUCCAAUGCAAAAAGCAGAAUGGAGGGUAGAAGUAAGGGGAGAGGAUUUAUUACCCCCACUUACUUUACACCAUCCUGGUCAUCCAGGUAGUUCUACACCUUUCCUUGCUCCUCAACCUCUUCAAGGUCCAAGUAAGCCAGAACCAAGACCAUUACCACCAGCCCCAGGGCCACCAGCUCCAACAUUCAGGUACCACUGGCAACAACCACCACCCAUGAAAUCAUGUUUAUCAUGUCAUCAACAAAUUCAUAGGAAUGCACCAAUUUGUCCCCUUUGUAAAGCUAAAUCGCGAUCACGUAAUCCCAAAAAGCCAAAGAAAAAAGACUAA